AACUUUCCUUAAUCUUGAGUUCGAUUGGAUCGAAACACAUGCCCGCACUGCAAAAAUAAUGAAAUCGUCAACCAGUUCCAGGAUUGUGCUGGUGGAUGUUAAGGCAACAAGAACCUACGAUGGGUUAGAUAUUUGGCACAUGGAAGUCGCGGGCCCUCCUUAUAAUGCGACCGAGAAGCAUACUUUAGGCAACUUGAAGAAGACUCUCCAAACGGAUAUUUUGAAUUUAAUCACAAUAUUACGGAACUAUCUCGAUUGCGAAGUAAAACUUGCAACAAAAAUUAAGGUGUUUAGUACCCAAUUAAUAA